AUUCCGUAAUGAAGUCAGCACAUGUCACUAUUGUAAAUUACGGAACGCAAUGAUUCUGCUGUGGUCGAUUUACUCGCCGCGGUAGUUUGUAGGCGCAUCACCAAAGCGCUCUACUGAGGAUCCCCGUCACUGACUAGUGCAUUUUCUGUCCAGCGGCUAUAUUAUCACAAGAACAUUUACAAAGUAUUUUCGAUUAUUUUGGUGGAAAGUGAACAAAACUAAAGGGAUGACUGAACACUUGUAAGGAAGCGGUUGACACCUAAGCAUGGCUCUUACGGGGAAUGAGACCUCAGCUUUCCCCGAUUAUGUCCCCCAUUACCUCCUGGCGGGUGAUCCAUUUGCCUCCAAGCUGUCCAAGGAGGCUGACAUCGUGGCUGCCUUCUACAUCUGCAUCAUAGGGAUCCUGUCUGCCACAGGAAAUGGCUAUGUUAUAUACAUUACCAUCAAACGCAAGACAAAGCUAAGGCCGCCUGAGCUCAUGACAGUAAACUUAGCCAUCUUUGACUUUGGCAUAUCAGUCACAGGGAAACCGUUCUUUGUGGCGUCCAGUUUCUCCCACCGCUGGCUGUUUGGCUGGGAGGGCUGUCGUUUCUAUGGCUGGGCUGGCUUCUUCUUCGGUGUUGGCAGCCUCAUCACCAUGACCGUAGUUAGCCUAGACCGAUACCUCAAGAUCUGUCAUCUCAGAUACGGUACGUGGCUGAUGAGGCACCAUGCCUUCCUGUGUCUGGUGUUUGUCUGGCUCUACGCAGGCUUCUGGGCCACCAUGCCCCUGGUGGGCUGGGGCAGCUACGCUCCAGAGCCGUUUGGCACCUCCUGUACCCUGGACUGGUGGUUGGCCCAGACCUCCGUGGCGGGCCAGAGCUUUGUCAUGGCCAUCCUCUUCUUCUGCCUUAUCUUCCCUACCGGCAUCAUCGUCUUCUCCUAUGUUAUGAUAAUCUUCAAGGUCAACUCCUCAGCUAAAGAGAUCUCCCACUUUGACUCGAGGAACAAGAACAGCCAUAGCCUGGAGAUGAAACUGACCAAGGUGGCGAUGUUGAUCUGUGCUGGUUUCUUGAUAGCGUGGAUCCCGUAUGCAGUGGUCUCAGUGGUGUCUGCGUUUGGCGAGCCCGACUCAGUGCCUAUCUCUGUCUCUGUGAUCCCCACUCUGCUGGCUAAGUCCUCUGCCAUGUACAACCCCAUCAUCUACCAAGUUAUUAACCUGAAACGCUCCUGUGAAAAAUCCUCCUGUUUCCAAGGCCUGAAGAAGUGUACACAUUUUAAAAAGUCAAGGUUUUACACCAUUUCUGGCUCACAUAAAGACAGACCAUCCGUAAAAGAGUCUCACAGUGAAAUGUGAGAAAAAGACAGUGAUUCUCUCCUGUGAAAUGGCUCUUGGUCUUUCCCCUCACCAAUCCAAUCACAACCCUGCUAUCAACUGCUAAGACAUUGACCACCGCUCACCACCCAGACCUACGCAACCCAGCCUUGCUGUAUCUAUGUUCCUGCUGCAGCAGCUCUCUGUACUCUCCUAACUCAUGUCUCUCUCUGUGUUUACAGCUCAAGGCUGGCGCCAAGAUGUUUUUUUACACUUUGUACAGAUUAUUUUGUACCGUGUACUCUUGCACCGGUGGCUUGCAUAGUUUGAAGACAUUUAAACCUUUAUGUGCAGCUGUAAGAUCUAAAGCGCUGUUCAGAAAGAGGUAUGAUAUACUCUAAAGAGAGCUGGAGGGACUGUGGUGUUGGCGUUUAGCGUUGUCCCCUGCUUCAGGCAGGUCUGACUGUAGCAGCACUUUUCAUCAAUGAUCAAAGUCAUCGUAUGAUUCUUACUGACCCUCUGUGCAUGUUCACAGAUGUCGUUGACAUCACGAAACAAAAUAACAUUUUAGCUCAUACACAAACUGCACGGUCCACUGCUACAUAACAGCCAGUGGAUGAAGUGGUUGGACCAAAUAAUCAAGGCAAACAGCACAACAAAGUCUGUUAAAGUAGUUAUGACUUAUGUCUUACAGCACUAUGUUUCUGUCAUUGUUAACCAUUCUGUAUGCACUGAUGUCAGUCUUUACGUCUUAGUUGAGAGCAAUGUUGGUAGUAAAGGUUUAACCUAUUCAAAGAGAAGUAUAUUCACACACAAGUAGUCAGAAAUCCUUCACGAACAACAGUUACCAAAAACGUACAUACAGCACCUUAGCUGGAAUCCUUAAUGGUGACAUUGCCACGUCCGUUUGCGAUAUUAAAAGAAAGAAGUUACUGCAAACCACAAACACCGUUUUUUAAUUCUCUCUGACAUGAUUGCACAUGCAAUAGAACGGCAAACUAUGUACUGCAAUUUGUUUUACCACGUUGGCCGACGCUCCUAACCCCCACUUUGUCAACAAAACAAAAACAAAUAUACCUAAGAGCAGCAAUGAACAGGGUUCACAAGAUUACAGAAAGGACACAAGAUCAGUUGGAUAGCAACCCAAUGAAAUUACAUUGAACCAACAUGGAAUAGAUAUUGAAUUGACGUCUGUGACCAGUAGGAAAACAAGCACUCUAGCAUGUUGGAACUAUUUCACAUUGUCUAAUGCAAAUGAAUGCAGACGAACCAGACGAACCAAGUUAUUGCUCUAGUAUCCUAUGGUGCUACUGGUGCCAAUGACAUCUAUAGUCCCACCAACUGGCCUGGUGCAGCCAUUUAAAGUUGCAGUGACUUUAUAUAGAGCCCCACAGUGGAGGUGUCAUAAUACCCAUAAAACCUACAGGGAAAUGGUUUCAAUCGUUGUCACAGGUGUUGUCAUGGAGAGAAGACCAAGGCGCAGCGGGUAUGUGGAUACUCAUGGUUUUAAUUUCAAAAGAGUAAAGUAUUCACUGACAAAACAAUAAAGAUGACAACAGCAACAGUUUUACAGGCUAUACAAACGCAGUGCAAAAACAACUACCCACCACCCCAAAGAAAAACACACACACCUAUAUAGGACUUCCAAUCAAAGGCAACUCAACACACCUGCCUUCAAUUGGAAGUCCCAAUCACCAACACAGACAUUCACACACACAAAACUGCCACUUCCUGACCCCAAAACUAAUACAAUA